AGUCUUGCCGUGUUUGUCUGUGAAAUAACUCCAUAGCUUUCGUUUAUUCCGUUUCGCGUACCGUCCUUCUUGUCGUUUUUAUUUGAUUUCAUGUGUAACAAUUCAACGGCACUUAGUGUAAUAGAUUGUAGGACGUUGUGACAAUUUAAGGUUUUUUUUCUGGCUGAGAUUGUAUGAAAGAGACUCAUAACGGCUAAACGUAUACCACAAUUGUGUAUUAAUCGUGUCGUAGACAACAGAAAUUCGUGACUGGUUGGAGUCAGAAAUAAACGUUGAAAAUAUUUAACAUUUUGUCGUAUAAAUGCAUCAGCUUUUGUGUCAUUAAAAAGUGGACAUUAAAUAAAUGAAACCUUCUAAAAUCGUGCAAAAACCCGAAAUGCUUUAUUAAAUUGAAUGAUUAUAAUCAAAAAUAAAAAUUUGAAUAUAUACAUCACUUAUAUGUACGUACACAGCACUAGUAGCUCCUGAAUAGAAUUGCGUAACAAUGAACAAACGAGUGGAACCGACAGGGUUAGAGCGUGGCUACAAAAAUAGCGAGGGCGUCGCCUUAGCGGCGAUGUCUCCAAUAGGACAAGUGGUUAAAUCACGUACACCAAGAAACGAGCUACCCGAUUCCGAACAGAGGGAAACAUGGUCUGGAAAAGUGGACUUUUUAUUAUCCGUUAUCGGUUUUGCUGUAGAUUUGGCAAACGUAUGGCGUUUUCCUUACUUGUGCUACAAAAAUGGCGGUGGUGCGUUUCUAAUUCCGUACUGUAUUAUGCUCGUUGUUGGUGGUAUACCGCUAUUUUACAUGGAACUUGCUCUGGGCCAACAUAAUCGCAAAGGCGCUAUUACGUGUUGGGGUCGCCUUGUUCCUUUGUUUAAAGGAAUCGGUUAUGCCGUUGUAUUAAUAGCCUUUUAUGUUGAUUUCUUCUACAAUGUGAUAAUUGCGUGGUGUUUGAGAUUUUUUUUCGCUUCAUUUACCAAUGAUUUACCAUGGACGUCUUGCGGUAACUAUUGGAACACUUUGGAUUGUAAACCGUUCGAAUUUGCUGGUCCAAAUAUAACCCGUUCCAAUGAAACCGUUUCCAUUAAGUACGCGUCUGCAGCGUCAGAGUAUUUUUACCGCUACAUUUUGGAAUUGAAUGAAAGUGAGGGUAUUCAUGAUUUGGGUUCGAUUAAAUGGGAUUUAGCGUUGUGUUUGCUGGCCGUCUAUCUCAUAUGUUAUUUUUCCUUGUGGAAAGGAAUCAGUACAUCAGGGAAGGUCGUUUGGUUUACAGCACUAUUCCCGUACGCAGUACUUCUGAUUUUAUUAAUUCGCGGUAUAACACUACCUGGUUCAGCCGAAGGAAUCAAAUAUUAUUUACAACCAAACUUCGAUGCCAUAUACAAAGCUGAAGUUUGGGUGGACGCUGCGACGCAAGUUUUCUUUUCAUUGGGACCAGGAUUCGGGGUGCUACUCGCUUAUGCAUCAUACAACAAAUAUCACAACAAUGUUUACAAGGACGCAAUCUUGACGAGUUUCAUCAACUCGGCGACCAGUUUUAGUGCUGGUUUUGUGAUCUUUGCUAUUCUCGGUUAUAUGGCCCAUUCAUCGGGUCAAAAUAUUAACGAAGUUGCCACGGAAGGUCCAGGAUUGGUAUUCAUUGUAUAUCCGGCGGCAAUAGCUACAAUGCCGUACAGUACAUUUUGGGCGUUGAUAUUUUUCAUGAUGUUGCUGACGCUCGGGUUGGAUAGUUCGUUUGGUGGCUCUGAAGCAAUAAUCACAGCGCUCAGUGACGAAUUCCCAAAAAUUGGAAGGAAUCGCGAAGUGUUUGUGGCUGGACUAUUUUCGUUGUACUUUGUAGUCGGGCUGGCCAGUUGUACGCAGGGAGGAUUUUAUUACUUUCAAUUAUUGGAUCGAUAUGCAGCCGGUUAUUCCAUUUUGAUAGCCGUUUUCUUUGAAGCUAUUGCCGUGUCAUGGAUCUACGGGACGAAUCGAUUUUGCGAAGAUAUUCGCGAUAUGAUCGGCUUCACGCCGGGUAUUUAUUGGCGUGUUUGUUGGAAAUUUGUAGCUCCAAUUUUUCUAUUGUUUAUCAUAAUUUACGGUUUGAUUACAUCGGAGCCCCUGAGUUAUGAAAGCUAUGUCUAUCCGACGUGGGCAAACGCUCUGGGAUGGUGCAUUGCUGGAUCUUCAAUGAUUAUGAUCCCUGGUGUUGCUAUUGUGAAACUUUUGAUGACGCCGGGGACUAUCAAACAACGACUCCGUAUUCUAACAACACCAUGGCGUGAUACCCAACGAAACGUAAACGGAAUUAUUGUUGAACAACAAGUGCGGCUGACCACAUCGAAAGAAGGCGAAGAAGUGUGAGGUUUGCCGUUUACGAGAUUUACUGUUUAUUACGUUUAGAGUUUGAAAUUGUUUUUAAUUUAAUUCUAACAAAAGUAUAAGCAAAAAAGAAAUUAUUCCAAAAAAAAUAAAUUGUGUACUAAACAAAGAAAAAUGCUGUGUAGAUAAUAUAGUUGAUCAUUGAACAAAAACCAAAAUAUAUAAUUAUUCAGACAUAGUUUUUAGGCGUAGGUCUAAGUUUAUUUAAAGCAAAACAGACAGACACUGUAUAAGAGUUAACGUUAAAAUAAAAAAAAUAUUAAAAUUUACAUUUAAUAGAAUCAAAAGAG